AUGAGCGGAACAGAGGAAUUAAAUCCUGAUAUGCUUGGAGUGUUGAAGUGCGCCUUCGAGGAAGGAGUCAAGGUAAAGAGCGCAGCAGAAGUAGGAAAAAGAGCAGUAGAAUAUUUUAGAGGAGAUGAUUUUGUGCAUUUUUUAAGCACGAAGAAAGAUAUGUUAAAGAAAAAGUUUCCAAAUUUAUUUAUUGGGAGAAGUUUAGAUGAGAUGAAAGAUAUAGAAGAAUUUGCUGAAUUAUUUAUACAACAAGGAUAUAUAUAUAAAGCUCAAUAUAAACCAAUUAAAGGAAUAAAUGAAAAGGAUGAAAAUGGAGUAUAUAAGAGGCCCAAAUGGCCAAAGAGAUUAAUUAUGACUUCAAAACAAAAUUUUGAUAAAACAAGUUUUUAUAUUUUAGUGCAUGAAAGGAAUAAGAAAUUACAAUAUUUUAUGUUAGUAAUCUUAAUAUCGAUUGUUUUAUUAUGUUGUAUGUUUCCUGUUUGGCCUUUGAAAUUAAAAUUGGCAUUAUGGCAUUUGUCUGUUGCAUUUAUAGCUUUAAUAUCAGUUAUAAUAGUAGGAAGAUUAUGUACUUUUAUUUUCUUCUGGUUUUUUGGAGUUGAUUAUUGGAUAUUUCCAAAUUUAUUUGAUGAAGAAUGUAAUGUUGUUGAAUCGUUUACACCAUUUCAUUCAUGGGUAUAUAGAAAUGAUACUUGGAUUCUUGUAAUUGCUAGAAUGUUUACUGCUGUUUUGUUAGCUAUAGGUAUACAUCAACUGGGAAAAACACACUCAAUAUCAGAUAUUAGGGAUUUUGCAACUCAGUCCUUUAUUGAUAUAAUAGAAUGGGGAAAUAAGAAAUUAAGCGAUUCUCCUGAAAAUGUUUCCAUGUAUAAAUCCAUUGGUGCAAAAUCAGCAUUCGAAAAUCAGGCAGAAGAUGAGGAAGAAAUAGUUUAUGAUGAGAAUGAAGAAAAUUAUGACUGUCUUAGGAAAUGUGGAUUUCAAACGUUCGAAGAAUUAGUCAGGAAGUGCUUUUUAAAAUGUGAAUGCAUGGAGAAAAUUAUUAACUCAGAUUGUUACAAGAAUAAAUGUUCCAGAGUAACUAAGGAGGUUUUAUAUGAGGCAUAUAAGGAAGUUUGUUUUGGAAAAAAGGAGAAUAAAGAUUAA